AAUAAUGUCUAAUAUAAAUAGUAUUAAAGUUCCCACAAGUAAAAUAUAUAUAGCGUGAUCUACGUAUGUCAAGGAAUGUCCCAUGUGUCGCCGCGUGAAUUCCCACACAUCAACAGGUCUCAGAGGGCUAAACUACUGUGCGCCCCCACCCCUCUCUUGCCCCUCCCUUUAAAAUCGGUCUGAGCCCCCUCCCUUGCCUCGGAUGCAUUGGCAUGCGGUCUUUGAGUCCGAAAACGUCAAACAGUUACUCGCCGACUCGGAACAUCUCCGAUCCUACGAUCUCCUAAUUUCGAAUUUACUCCGAAUCGCGACACUAUCACUUGGAUACCUCAUCACUAUCAGAUAAUUUGUCUGGUUGAUAAGAAAAAAUUUAAUAUUAAGCUAGUGUGUGUUGUGUUGACUUAGAUCUGUCUCGACGUCUGUCAGUGUGUUUUUUAUAUUUAAAUUUAAGUUAUAUUUUUAUUUAUUUGGUGUUGUUGCUCAUCCGACAAAUGGUGGAUUACUGCAAGUACAAAAUGUCAGGCAGCGAUGAAGAAUUUGACCCACAAGCCCAGUCUGGAAUGUCCAAAGCGGAAUUGCGUAGGAGUAAUAAACCGAUCAUGGAAAAAAGAAGGCGAGCAAGAAUAAAUCAGUGUCUUGAUGAACUAAAAAGUCUUAUCUUGGAAGCCAUGAAAAAAGACCCGUCACGUCAUUCCAAGCUGGAGAAGGCAGACAUACUUGAGAUGACAGUAAAGCACUUGCAGUCUGUACAGCGUCAGCAAUUGAGCGCCGCUGUAGCAACUGAUCCAGCCGUAUUGACUAAAUUCCGCACGGGAUUCUCUGAAUGCGCUGGUGAAGUCACUCGUUAUGUCAAUCAUCUCGAGAACGUGGACACGUCGGUAAAACAGCGAUUAGUCUCGCACCUCAACAACUGUGUCAGCAACCUUCAGCAGAUGGCGCCCUUUUACGGCCACUACGUGCCCUAUAUGCCGGAGAGACUCUUCCCGGAGGUUAAGGUCGGAUUCCAGGGAGACUUCCACAGUGGCGAUGAGAAUAACAACGCCAGUGCACGGAUACAGAUUCCAAGUGGCGUACAAUUGAUACCCAGCAGACUUCCAACCGGAGAAUUGGCACUUCUGGUUCCGCAGUCAGCGGGAAUUUCGGCAAAUUUUCCCUUCUUUCCACCUGCUAAUGAGUCUCGGGUUUCCAGAACCAGUUCCGCGUUUACUCCAGUCCAGCGAUCACACAGUCCGCUGCUCAGUCCAUCGACUUCGACAUCCAGCUUUGGGGAGGAAUGUCACGGCGAAUUCCGUCAAACGGAAUCGCCAGGUCGUUUUAAGAUCCCAGCUGACCACAGCUCCACUUCCUCAAAGAGUUUCUCCUCCCCGGAGACCCAGAAGGCCCAGAUCAGCUCGAGCAGUGACAGGAAAUCACCCUCAGCUUUUGUGGACCCCAAGCAUUUAGACGCUCCGAGAAGGGAAGAGGAAGUAUCGAGAGUCCGUCAACCUCUUUCGGUCAUCACCGACAAAACCUACAAUCGAGCUGUUCAAAGAAAGGAUCUGAAAAGACACAAUUCCGAUGGUCUUCUUGUCAUUUCCGAAAAGAGGCCCAAGUACUCAGAAGCCUCCAGCUCAUCGUCAGCCAAUUCCGGGCUCCAUUCGACCAGACAAGAGUUCGCUCAUUCGGUCGAAGACUUGUCCGGAAGAUCGAACCUCGCCACCAAAAAUAGGAACGUAACAAACCCCCCCGCUGCAGCUUCUUCUCAAGCAAAUGCCGACAUGUGGCGACCCUGGUGAUAACCAGACACUUCUCUACCACAAAAUUAACCUAGAAAAUUUAUUAUUACCUUAUAUUUUCUGUAUGUCAACUAAAAGACCUUUUGGUUUGCGUGUACGGGUUUAGUUUUUAAGGUUUUCGUGAUAAUUUAUUUGCCGAAUUUAAUUUAAUCGGAUCAAAAAUGAAACUUGACUUAGACUUGGAUUACCAAGUCGAAAUUUGGAGCCGUUUUUCACAAGACAAACUCGACUUUUUUUUACGGAGGUAUGAAAUAUAUUAAGUUUUCGCCUUGGUUUAGACUUAACUGGCUUACUUAGUCACGAUUUAAGACGAAAAAGUUUAAAUCAAGUCGAAAUUUACUUGGUUUAGACUUAUUCGACUUAAAUUUUAAGACGAAAAAGUCAAGAUCAAGUCGAAAUUGACUUGGUUUAGACUUAUUCGACUUAAAAUGUAAGGCGAAAAAGUCUAAAUCAAGUCGAAACUGACUUGAUGUAGACUUAUUCGACUUAAAUUAUAAGUCGAAAAAGUCAGAACUAACGUGAAAUAAUUUUGAUAUAUUAAGGCGAAAGUAAGGCGAAUAAAUGACUUUUUUUCGACUUGGUUUAGCAAGUCAAAAGUAAUGUGAAUGACUAUCGUGCUCAAAGUAAAGACGAAUAAGUUGAACCUAAGAUGAAAAAAGUUGAAAAAAAUUAAAUUUAAGUCGAAAAAGUCGAGAUCUUAUCAAAAAAUCGUCGGCAAAUCGAUAACUUCAAAAGAAAAUAAGACGAAGCGAGCCUGAAUCAAGUUUUAUUUUUGACCCGGGGAUCGAUUUAAAAAAAUACUGAAAGUGCUCUUAUUAAUUCCAGUGGAAUUUAAAAAAUACCCAAGCUUUAAACUGAUGUACAAUAUUGUAAAUAUUAAUUAUAAUAUAUAAUAAUAAAUAAUUAUUCCAAGACUUCCAUACUAAUUUUUUUUAAUGGUCAGUUUUUAAGCCAAUUUUAGUAUUAGCCAAUGUGUUGUGAUAAAAUGUAUGAUUUAUAAUAAAAGACUUUAUAAAAAAAAAU